UCUCUCACAGGUACAGUCGGGCUCGAGGCAGGUCAGCCACGUUGGCUGGUUGUGUUUUAUAGGGUGUACCGUGGAACCGGAGCUGUCUCGGUUUUUCACCACAAUACUCCUGGGUCUGUUCGCAGAAUGAGUGUGGGUUUCAUAGGUGCGGGUCAGCUGGCCCACGCGCUUGUCAGGGGCUUCACUUCAGCUGGUGUGAUUGCCGCCCACAGAAUCACAGCCAGUUCCCCGGACACAGACCUGCCCACAGUACAGGGGCUGCGGAAAUUGGGCAUUAAUUUCACCACCAGCAACAAAGAGACAGUCAGCAAAAGUGAUGUCCUCUUCUUGGCUGUGAAGCCAAACAUCAUUCCUUUUGUACUGGAUGAGAUUGGACCAGACAUAGAGGAUCGUCACCUGAUAGUUUCCUGCUCUGCAGGUGUCACCAUCAGCUCCAUAGAGAAGAAGCUGCAGCAGUAUCGCCCUGAUCCAAAGGUAAUGCGUUGCAUGACCAACACUCCAGUGGUGGUGCGUGAGGGGGCCACUGUGUACGCCACCGGCAGCUAUGCGGAGGUGGAAGAUGGGAAGCUACUGGAGCAGCUGAUGGCCAGUGUGGGAUACUGCACUGAGGUGGAAGAGGACCUGAUUGAUGCGGUUACAGGCCUCAGUGGCAGUGGCCCUGCUUAUGCGUUUACAGCUGUGGAUGCUCUUGCUGACGGAGGAGUAAAAAUGGGCCUGCCCAGGAGAUUAGCUGUACGCCUUGGAGCCCAGGCACUACUGGGGGCUGCUCGAAUGCUGUUAGACUCAGAGCAACACCCUGGGCAGCUCAAGGACAACGUGUGUUCACCAGGGGGCGCCACCAUCCACGCCCUACACGUCAUGGAGAGCGGCGGCUUCCGCAGCCUCCUGAUCGAUGCCGUGGAAGCGUCCUGUGUUAGGACGAGAGAGCUUCAGUAUGUGGCCAGCCAAGAGAAAAUCUCUCCUGCCGCCAUAAAGAAGACAACUCUGGACAAAGUGUUACAGCAGCCAGGAGUGACUGCAGAAACUGUUGGAGUGAGGUCUCAUGGGAUCAAAAUGUUCAAUUAUAGUAACCCCAGGAUCAACAAGAAGUGAUUGUUUUUUAUUCACAUUUGAUAUAAACUUGUGUGGUGUUCUCUGUCAAAUCAGCAGCAUCAUCAGAUGCAGUAUAAGCUAUAAACAAAAACUUGCAAAUUAUUUUUGAAGGCCAACCUUGUUGGUUGCGCUCUUCAAAUACAUAUUAUGAAUUGUUGAUUUCGUUGACUAAAACAUGAUGUUAGUCGAUUUUCUUUUUUCCAUGUGGAAGACCAGACUAAGACUAGCUAAAAAUAGAUCUUAGAUUACAAAAACUGUGAUGUAAGUAGGUUUAGUUUUUGUCAAGGACACUUAAACAAGACAAAAAUGUUAGUGCUGGACUGUUAGACAGUCAAAAUUCAUGGUAUUUCUCCACUGUGCAUAGAAUUAGGAAAAACUAGUGGUGUGAGGCGAUUAAAAAAUUGAUCUAACUAAUUAUAGGCUUUGUGAUUAAUCGGAUAUGUUGAUCAUUUGAAAAGGAUUGCAUAACUGGUGGAUUUAGAGAUAACUAACAAAACAAUCAGAAAAGGCAUGCAUCUGAGUGGCAUCAAAACUUUCUACUAGCUUUUGAAACAGAAAGAGUGGAGACCAAAGCAGAUUGUCCACUCACUAGUUAAUCUAGGAUGGUGUAAUCUGUGAAUUUUAUCCAAAUUAAGAGCACAGAAUUAUUUUUCGAGUUCCAAUCUAAGUUACAAAGCUACUUUAGCCAGUUGUGUGAUGGCAUCAGAGUGAGUUUGAUCAGCACACAUUUUUAAUAGCAUUUUACCCCCUGUGAUUAAUUAAUAGACAUUAAUAGAAAAUUUUGACAGCACUAGUAAUAACACAGAGUACUUUCUUCAGUGUAUUUUAAAUGCAAUACCGUAUUGAUAGUGCAGUAAUAUGAUUAAUUUUACAGUAUGGUAAAUUAGGUUAAAUAGGCUGAAGAAAUUGUUUUGACUCGAAGUAAAGACUAGACUACAAGGACUUUUUGUUGACUAAAAAUGGACUUAACUUUCAAAAUAAAAUGAAUGUGAUUUGACACCACUUUCCAGUUCAGUUAGUGGGCAAAAACACUGGGUAAUAUUAAUGGGUGACACUGAGUUUAAAAAUCAUGUUUAAAUCAGUUAUUUUGGAUGGUGGCGGUGGAAAAAGUUGGGUUUUAUAAAUAACCGUGCGAUUUACUGUAAGGGAGAGAAGCACGACCCAUGAUUUUCUGGAAGUGGUUUUAUUAAAUUUGUGCAUGUGCUGUUCACUUUCUGUAACAUUCAUCUUAAGCUGUGUUUAUACUGCAACAAAACUGAGGUUAUUUUUCAAGCUCUUUGUUAAAUAAACAUUUUUUACUGUUCCAAUUUUA